GUUACUCGCAAGUCCCGCGGGGCUCGCUGCCGCCUCCGCCGGCGCCCAGAGUACGGCCCGGGCCCAACUCCCUCACGGGUCCUCCGGCGUUGGCGUUGGCGGCAGCGGCUGAGCCCACCGCCCGGGCCCCGAUGAGUAACUCUCGUAAUAACCGGGUGAUGGUGGAAGGAGUGGGCGCCCGCGUCGUACGCGGCCCCGAUUGGAAGUGGGGUAAACAGGACGGCGGCGAAGGCCAUGUGGGCACCGUGAGGAGCUUCGAGAGUCCCGAGGAGGUGGUGGUGGUGUGGGACAACGGCACGGCCGCCAACUACCGCUGCUCCGGGGCCUACGAUCUGCGCAUCCUGGACAGCGCUCCCACCGGCAUCAAGCACGACGGGACCAUGUGCGACACCUGCCGCCAGCAGCCAAUCAUCGGCAUCCGAUGGAAAUGUGCAGAGUGUACGAAUUACGAUUUGUGCACCGUUUGUUACCACGGAGAUAAACAUCAUUUACGGCAUCGCUUUUACAGAAUCACUACACCAGGAAGUGAACGGGUUCUGUUAGAGUCUCGUAGAAAAUCGAAGAAGAUUACAGCCAGAGGGAUCUUUGCAGGUGCCAGAGUGGUACGCGGUGUGGACUGGCAGUGGGAAGACCAAGAUGGAGGAAAUGGGCGAAGGGGAAAGGUGACAGAAAUCCAGGACUGGAGCGCGUCAAGCCCGCAUAGCGCAGCCUAUGUUCUCUGGGAUAAUGGUGCUAAGAACCUUUACAGAGUCGGCUUCGAGGGCAUGUCUGAUCUCAAGUGUGUCCAGGAUGCCAAAGGAGGUUCUUUCUACAGAGAUCAUUGCCCUGUGCUUGGUGAGCAGAAUGGCAACAGGAAUCCCGGUGGCUUGCAGAUUGGUGAUCUGGUAAAUAUAGAUCUCGACCUAGAAAUUGUGCAGUCUCUGCAGCAUGGUCAUGGAGGAUGGACCGAUGGAAUGUUUGAGACUUUAACUACCACUGGAACUGUUUGUGGCAUUGAUGAAGAUCAUGACAUUGUAGUCCAGUAUCCAAGUGGCAAUAGGUGGACCUUCAAUCCCGCUGUUCUCACCAAAGCCAACAUUGUCCGGAGCGGGGACGCUGCACAGGGAGCAGAGGGAGGCACUUCGCAGUUUCAAGUGGGCGAUCUUGUGCAAGUUUGCUAUGACCUGGAGAGGAUUAAACUUCUGCAACGAGGGCAUGGCGAAUGGGCUGAAGCGAUGCUUCCAACUUUAGGUAAAGUUGGCCGAGUGCAGCAGAUUUACUCAGACAGUGAUUUGAAGGUGGAAGUGUGCGGGACAUCCUGGACCUACAAUCCCGCAGCCGUGUCCAAGGUGGCAUCUGCAGGAUCGGCCAUCAGCAACGCAUCUGGCGAAAGACUCUCCCAGCUUCUGAAGAAGUUGUUUGAAACACAAGAGUCUGGUGACCUCAAUGAAGAGCUGGUUAAAGCGGCUGCUAAUGGAGAUGUGGCCAAAGUGGAAGAUUUGCUAAAGCGGCCAGAUGUGGAUGUCAAUGGACAGUGUGCUGGCCACACAGCUAUGCAAGCCGCUAGUCAAAAUGGGCAUGUUGAUAUUUUGAAGUUACUUUUAAAGCAGAAUGUGGAUGUAGAAGCAGAGGAUAAAGAUGGAGACCGAGCAGUUCACCAUGCAGCCUUCGGAGACGAGGGCGCCGUCAUAGAAGUGCUUCACCGAGGCAGCGCCGACCUGAACGCUCGCAACAAGCGGCGGCAGACGCCCCUUCACAUUGCCGUCAACAAGGGGCACCUGCAGGUUGUGAAGACUUUACUGGACUUCGGUUGUCAUCCCAGUCUCCAGGACUCUGAAGGCGAUACUCCUCUUCACGACGCCAUAAGUAAGAAGCGUGAUGACAUCCUGGCCGUGCUGCUGGAAGCUGGUGCCGAUGUGACCAUUACCAACAACAACGGCUUCAACGCCCUGCAUCACGCCGCGCUGCGCGGGAACCCCAGUGCAAUGCGUGUUUUGCUAUCAAAACUGCCAAGACCGUGGAUUGUGGAUGAGAAGAAAGAUGACGGCUAUACCGCCUUGCACCUGGCUGCCCUGAACAAUCACGUGGAAGUGGCCGAGCUGUUGGUGCAUCAGGGAAAUGCCAACCUGGACAUCCAGAACGUGAAUCAGCAGACCGCCCUGCACCUUGCCGUUGAACGACAACACACCCAGAUUGUUAGGCUUUUGGUUCGUGCAGGUGCCAAGCUAGACAUUCAGGAUAAGGAUGGAGACACUCCUUUGCAUGAAGCUCUGAGGCAUCACACUUUGUCUCAGCUACGCCAGCUACAAGAUAUGCAAGAUGUAGGGAAGGUAGAUGCUGCUUGGGAGCCAUCGAAAAACACAUUAAUCAUGGGACUCGGUACCCAGGGGGCCGAGAAGAAGAGUGCAGCAUCCAUUGCCUGUUUCCUGGCAGCCAACGGUGCUGACCUCGGCAUUCGGAACAAGAAGGGUCAGUCACCACUUGAUCUUUGUCCCGACCCAAGUCUCUGCAAGGCGCUGGCCAAGUGUCAUAAGGAAAAAGUCAGUGGUCAAGUGGGCUCCCGCAGUCCUUCUAUGAUCAGCAAUGAUUCUGAAACAUUAGAAGAGUGUAUGGUGUGCUCUGACAUGAAGAGAGACACACUCUUUGGUCCAUGCGGCCACAUUGCCACCUGUUCUUUGUGUUCUCCACGUGUCAAGAAAUGUCUCAUCUGUAAAGAGCAAGUUCAAUCUAGGACAAAGAUUGAGGAAUGCGUGGUGUGCUCCGACAAGAAAGCGGCCGUGCUCUUCCAGCCCUGCGGACACAUGUGUGCUUGCGAGAACUGCGCCAGCCUCAUGAAGAAGUGCGUGCAGUGCCGGGCCGUGGUGGAGAGGCGCGCGCCGUUCAUCGUGUGCUGCGGCGGGAAGAGCUCGGAAGACGCCGCCGACGACAUGACCGGCGGGACCAUCCCCGUCCUGCAGAAGGACAAGGACAACACGAACGUCAACGCCGAUGUGCAGAAGCUGCAGCAGCAGUUGCAGGACAUCAAGGAGCAGACAAUGUGCCCCGUGUGCCUGGACCGGCUGAAGAACAUGAUUUUCCUCUGUGGCCAUGGGACAUGCCAGCUCUGUGGAGACCGCAUGAGCGAAUGCCCGAUUUGUCGCAAGGCCAUCGAACGAAGAAUUCUUUUGUACUGAUGAAGAAACACAGAGUGUGUCGUAUUAGCUAAAGUGUGUGAUCAUGAGAUCUUAGAAAACUUAAGCUAGCUAAAAGUUUAAUGAAUGAAUUUGUAACCUCAUAGUUUAUUGACCGGAGGGUAGAGUGUAAAUUUAUCAGAAACAAACAAACAAAAAAACCCAACACAAAACAAAAUCUUCACCACAGUGUUUGAAAUUGUGACUUAACCCCCAUCCCCCAAAUUAAGAACACAACCCUAUUGUAAUUCAUAGGGAAUUUACAUUUCACUUCUAAGGGGAAAAUCCCUUAAGGAUCUCUUUCAUUUUUGUUUUAUUGUAUUUUCUCAUAUAAUUUAUAAAUUUGUUAAAUCUUAAAAGACAUGCUUCCAUGUGAUGAGUUAUCCUUUAAAUUAUCAUGGUUUUAUACAGUGAAAUGAUACAGGCACUUUGAAAAGUCAUGUAUCAAAUGAAUUGGCAAUCUGAACUAUAUCACCUGUAUUAAGUAAUAGCAUUGUAAUACAAAUGCCACAUAGUUAGAGAAGUACCGAAGAGAAGAUUGUACUCUUAACUUACACCAGAAGGUGUGCAAAUGUUUGUCUCUGCGCUCUUUGAGCAGUCUUUAGUAUAAACUAAGAGAAUUUCACAUUUGGCUUAUUUUCUAGAUUUAGAAGGAAAUGGUUUGCCUUAACAGUGACAUGGAAAGGAACAAUGAAGCCGUAGUGGAAAACUGAAGAGGGCCAACAGCAAUGAAAGAGUACCUGUUGCCCUCCAGCUGCACUGCUUGCAGUUCCCUGGGCUCUGUUUGCAUCUGCCAGCCUUUAGAAGAAUGUCUGGGUUUCCCUGUGGUGGCUUACUGUGUUUGAUGUAACCCGCAGGUUGAUCCUGCUCUGUUGGGACCUCUGAGGUUCCCCAUUGAGCUUGGGUGAUACAUUGCCCAAAGGCAGCAGUGUUUUCUUGUGUGUGUCUAUUAAUUCUGACAGUGUUACUGAUUCUACCCUCAUCAGAGGCCUUACUUCGUUCUUACUGUAAAGGAUACAGCCUCUCUUCAUACCUACAAAUGAAGGUAUUAUUUAAACUGCCAACAACAGCCAAGUUGUAAUAGAUAACCUAGUUACAGAUACUUACAUAGAAAGAGUGUCAGGACAUUCAUAGAAGUAGAUCUGAUUACUUGUAGAAUUGGGGGGCGGGGUGCACACUUUGACUCUAGGACAUCUAAUCUUUUUAUCUCCUGGGAAUGCGUGAUCUUUUGUAUCUAGGGUAAAUACACUCAUAAGUGUUUUGGGGUUCCUUGCUGCUAGAUGAUAACAAAUAUGAGCUGUUGACAAUAGUGACUAUUAUUACAGACUGUGGAUAGCUUAUUCUUAAACAGAAUCCUCUUUUUUGUAGUUACUCCCCAUUUUGAACCUGGGCAGCUUCUCUCACUUCGGUUCCUCGGCCAUGGCACAGUGGUGGCGAGCAAGGUGACAGCCUGUCUGCGCAGGGCUGCUCCGUCCUUAGCCGUUGCUUCUUGUGCCAGGCCCGCCAAAGCAGUAGUGAGCUUUGCUGGCUGCACUUGUAGGCUCAGCAACGCCCUGCCUGCUUUUAGUGGAGUAACUAUUGCCUUUUUUUUUUUAAACCUUCCCCUCUUUGGGCUUCUGAUACAGAAUCUCUCACUAUAUUCCAAGCUGGCCUGGAACUUGCUAUGUUGUUCAGGCUGGCCUCAAACACGCGACCCUCUUGCCUCUGCCUUCCAAGUAUGGGGUUUCAGACACUACAUAUGGCAACUGUUACCAUUUUGAACAGUAAAACUUUUAUAAAUUUCCAAUUUGAAACUUUAUGUGGGGACUGUAAUUGUCUAAUAAGGAGCCAAUGGGGCCAUUUUUUUAAAAGUAUAUUUUGAAGUAAUGAAAAGAUGCAUGUGACUGAUUUGAUGUUUACAUAAAGCGACAAACUGUCUUCUUGCAGAUUGGAUAAUAGCAGCAGUCUGGAUUUUCUUUCUUCCCUGACACAGAUCGCCCAUCCCUGUCUGCCACUGCUGCAAGGCAAGGGGACACCUAGGUGACCCAUGCAGCCUGGCGACCUUGUGGGUUACAGCUGCAUUUCUCUGAAAUCCUUAUUUGUCUCCUGAGCUGCUGUGCUAACUAACACCUAUAUCCCUGCAAGGUGAUAGCACCUUCCAGACCAGUCAUUAUUUCCUCCAUCUUCAAAACACAACAUUAACUUCUAUCAUAGAAGACAUGGAUCGUCUCCUUUUAAUGCCAAGUACAUGUGGGUUUUUCUCUACUUGUAUCACUUUAAAAUCUGUUUUGUGAAUGAAGAGGUCCUUUUGUUUAUGUCAUCAAACACCUAAAAUUACUUUAAACUCGUUUUGCGUUUGUGGGAGACAAUAAUAAGAUUGAGGACCCGACCACGUAAAGUGGCUGUCCUCCGACUCUGAAGCUGCUACCUCUUUCUGUGCGUCUCUCGGCCGUACUUUUGCCACUUGGGUUUGUUUCCACCUCCUUAUCUAAUCCUGUGCCUCCAAAGAGUUCUUACUUUCCCUCGAUCACUUCUAAGAUGACGUGCGCCUGGGCAGAUAAGAUAGGGAUUGAGUGUCAGCUAGCGGCCCACCGCUGUAACCAAGCUCAGCCUUGUAGCACGGUCACCAGGGGUGUGGCACUUACAGGUUUCAAGCCAUCUGCAGACACAGUGAUCCAAAAGCGCAAUUAGUAUUUCUUCCCAAUGUUUCAGGAGAGCUGCCAGUAGUCCCGGGGUUCCUCUCUGUACCCCUGCCCUACCACGUUUCCUGCUUUAUCCUGCGACUGUCAGCUCACUUACUGCAAACGCAGCUCUCCACGUGGUGCUAGCCCGGCUGCAUUUGUUCACUCGCUUUCACAGACUUACCUGUACCACACGCAUAGGUAAUUUUGUGGGGAGCAAGAUUUUCAAGAGAAGAUAAUUUUGUAUUAGUGUGAGAACACUAUAUUAGACAACUCUUUAACUGGCUAAAUUAUGCUUGACUUAAGAUAUUUGUAAUUUUAGCGGGGCGUGGUGGCGCACACCUUCAGUCCCAGCACUGGGGAGGCAGUGGUGGGAGGAUCACUGUGAGUUCGAGGCCACCCUGAGACUCCAUAGUGAAUUCCAGGUCAGCCUGGGCUAGAGUGAGACCCUACCUCAGAAAACCAAAAAAACAAACAAACUGAUAUUUAUAAUUUCAACCAUUGCAAAUUAACCAGCAGUCCACUGAAGCAUGCAAUUGAUAGAUAAUGCUGGAACUCACUCUCUUAAACUCUGUCUUGAUGGCUUUAUCCUGUAAGAACAUUGGAGAAUCUUGGCACACUCCUGCCGCGUGGCCAGUUCAGUUCUCACAGCUUGCUGAGUUGUUUUCACACUCCAGCACAUCCUGUGUAAUUGUAUGUUGCCCAUUUGCUGUUUGUUUAUUCUGAAUUUUGGGCACAUUUCAAACUAGGAAUUAGUUAAACUUGUGAACUAAGAUGAGGGAUCUAGUCGAGCCAGGUCAGGACACUGGGUUGCAACAAAUAGGAAAUAGAAGUAAGUGUGCACAUAAUAGAGAAGGUAUCAUGGGCGUUCACGUUUGUGAAGUGUACUUAAGUCUGAGGAAUAAAUCCAUUUUAGCAUGGUUUAUUUCACAGUUGUUUUGUGAAUUACAGAUUGCAAUACAAGUUACUUGUAGCUAAUUCCAGAAGGAAAAGCACUUAUCCUCAGAUAAUGUUUCAUAGUAAUAACGUGUAAAAAUUAAAUCAUAGAACAGGGUUUUUUUUUUGCAUUUUUUAUGUGGUAAAAAUCAUAUACAACAAGCUUUUCAUUUUAGCUGUGUCUAAGUAUAUAGUUUUGUGAUGUAAGUACAUUUACUUUGUUCUAAUACAUUCUAGAAUUUUUGGCUUGCACAACUGAAAUGUCAUAAUCACUAAAUAACUCACAUUUUCCCUCCUUCCCGCCUAUGAAUUUUGACCAUAGAUAAAUGAAAUGCCUGAAUUACUUAGUAGUUCAUUUAUUUUGGUAAGGUCUAAGUAAAGUUAUGGUCAAUAUCAAGUUCCUUAAAUCUGAAGGGGGGGGCACUUCCAUCCCUCCCCCACCCUCAUUGUUGUAAACAAUAAAUGAGUCUUACAUGCA